AAGGAAGCUGCCCAAAGAAUAAAAGAAACUACCCAUAUAAAGUAAUCUUUUAUUGUUGCUUGUACCAAUCUUUCCUAUCUGGCUCUUCGUACCAAUAACAGUUUGAUUUCAAUUGAGAUCUUGGAGUUUGGGCCUUGAACAGGUUGGUUUCUGUUGAGAACUGGAUUGGAGGUAGAGAUUGGUCAGAAGACAAGGUGGGAUUGGGGGUUAUGGCAAUGCCAUGGGGCUUGGCUGUGUACAUAAUGAACAUGGUGUGGAUGGUCCUUGAUGGCUGGAUCUCGUCGUGUGUGACGGUCGCCGACGAGAUUGCCCGGGCACUCAGGGCCGGCGACAUCGGCCCCUUCCCGGUCGGAUGAGUGUCCGAUCAUUACCAAGCUCUGUUCAGAUAGACUGGUUAUGUUACGACAAUGCCCCAAAAUGUAAAGCAGAUGUUGUUCAUGAGAUACUUUUAUCAUGAAAGGAAAAAUUAAUAAACUCAGCUAUGGUGCUCAUUUUAUUUAUUUAUUAUAUGACGGGAGCUCGUGAUUCAGCUUAGAUGGUGAUGAUAUCUUUGAAGAAGGCUUUUAAAAAGAUUAGGAAAUUAGUGUUAGCAGGUUCUUUUUACCUCUUUUCUAUUCUUUUCAUGUAAAGAUGAGUGCAUAAGAUGGUGAUCAUUCCCUUUAUUUUUUGAAUUAUUCAAAAUACCAUCCAAUAAGCAAAAAAUAAUAUGAGCUUAUUGGUUCUAUGUGGUCCUUUUUUGGGGGAA